AUGACAGCAACACGUCAAGCCGAAUCGAUUGCAUCCGUCGAUACUAUCUUCAGUGCUGAUUCAACUGAGUUUUGCCCUUUUACCGACAACGCACAAUACCUUGCACUUGGCACCUACCAGCUUGCAGAAAAUGAACGCGACAAUGAGACCCAUGGUCGGAAAGGUCGACUCUACUUGUACAAUGUCGAUCCAAAAUCAAAAACGCCAUUGCAGCAAGUCCAAAUGCUUGAGACGGCGGCCAUCUUGGAUAUGAAAUGGAAUCACGCGUUGGUGGACGACCGGCAAGUGCUUGGUGUGGUUGAUUCGAUUGGUGGUCUACAGCUGUAUGGAUUAUGGGAUGGCAAGCUUGAGGCUGAUAGUCGAAUCCAACUUAUCGAGGACACGAGUAUCUUAUGUUUAUCAUUGGAUUGGGCGAGUCGAGUACAUCGUGAUGUGGAACAUAGCUACACCGUUGCAACAUCUCAUUCGGAUGGACAGCUAUCACUUGUGCGUGCGAAUGAAUCGAAUUGGAUGGUUGAUCAGCAGUGGAUGGCUCAUGAUUUGGAAGCUUGGAUUGUAGCAUUCAACUAUUGGGAUACCAACAUUCUAUACUCUGGUGCAGAUGAUGCAGCUCUCAAGGUGUGGGAUACACGUGCUGGUGGUCAAAUGGCUCAAAUUACCAAUCGACGUACUUAUUCAAUGGGCGUUACAGCCAUUCAAUGUUCACCACAUGAAGAAUAUCGAGUAGCCACCGGGAGCUAUGACGAGCACAUCCAUAUUUGGGACACGCGGAAUAUGAGAAUACCUUUAUCUGAAGCACAUACACCUGGAGGUGGCAUUUGGCGUCUAAAAUGGCAUCCAACGAAAUCGAAUCUUUUGUUAUCAGCUUCCAUGCAUGCAGGUGCUUUUGUUAUUGAUACUGCCGACAACAACACAAUCACUACCAGUUUCCUCGAUCAUGAAUCCAUGGCUUAUGGUGCAGAUUGGUCUUUCCAACAUCCCGAUUUCAUUGCAUCCUGCUCCUUUUACGAUCAUGUAAUGCACUUGUGGCACGCCUAA